AUGGGCGCUGGAGAAUGCAUCGACGCGAGCGGUCCCUCUCGUUUCAUUCGCGCGUCUGCGCUGCUCUGCAUUGCCUCAUCUCGCCUCGCCGCAGGCCGCUCGCAACUGAUCGUCCGUCUCGCCGUGGCCAGCCAUCCAUAUCGCGGUGGUUGUUCGAGGUCCCGAGAUGGUCAAGCGCAGAUGCAUGGCUGGAGCAGCGAUUUUGGGGCUGCGGUCGAAAGCGGGGCGGCGAGGGCCUGUGGCUCAAUGGCAGCAGCCGUCGAAGCGCCGAGGUGUGUCGCGGCCGCUGAUUGGACGCGCCAAAUGCAGGUGCGCGCCACAGCCUGGCCAAUCGGCGGCUCGAUCACGCCUGGCCGCAGGGAUCCAAUCGCUGAAUCCCGGCCCGCUAAGCUGCGCCGCAGGGAUCAGGGGUUCACCACCAAAACUCCAUCAUCCAGUACUACAAGCUUCAAGCUUGCCCGCGGUCUCCGCAGUCACAUCUCUCCGGCUGCUCUUGUAGCAUCUGCCUCUCAUCUCAUUUGCUUCACAGAGCAAACCCCUGGUGAUCCUGCCGCGGCAGGGAAUCUUUCUUUACAAGACUAUCCUAGCAAAGCAACAUGCCCGGUUCAGUCUGGCAAUGGAGACUCUUCUGCUCGUAUCUUACUCCUCCGCGGUAGCAAAAUGCCGAAAACACACGUGCGACAUGCUUUGCAAUGUCUUAGACUCUUUAUCAACAUAAGCAAGCUCCAUAUGGGCUGCCAUCCUGCCAUCCGCUAUACAUAG